AAAAUCCUGAAGUUAUUCCGUCACUAUAGGAUUAUCCCGUGAUGCAGGAUUACAACCAUAAAUCUGCUUCAAUCCUGAUCCGAUUUGUAGCUGAAGUUACAAUGAGAAGAGCAGAGAAAUGACUAAAGAGCUAAACCUAGACCCAAGAAAGACCUUUUUAAAGAGAGAACCUACUCCUCUCACAGCAAAUCUCUGAUUUUAUUUUAUAUAAAACCGGGCUCUUCGGCCUUAGCUGCAGGAUUAUCUGCGCUCUAGGGAACUGCGGUGGAAUCGUGUCUGGAAGCGCUGUGUUCUGGAUUCCAUUGAUCCCACUGCAGAAACCUGCUGAGAUGUAUCUGCAAGACUGACACAAUGUCUCUUCUCCCUCUCUCUCGCACUGCCGUUCUCUCAGAGUGCUGAAUGUAUGCUAUUGUGUGAGACACACUCCUGCCCCCAGGCAGCCCACCCACCAUACCUCCCACCCCCAGCCCUGCCCAUGCAGGACCAGGCUGUCCCCCUUCUCAUUCGACCCAGAUCACCAAGGAGCGGAGGACUGACUCAGUCGCCGCUUUUGUCAUCCAUUCCACAUUAUUCUCAUCUUCCUCUAGAGGAGAUGCAGGCUCUUCCGAUGCCCAGGGCCCAGGUUGUUGGCACUAAGGGGUCAGCGAAAGGUGAAUUAGCCCCUCACAAAGCCAAGCAGAAGGACCGUAAGCACCAGGAGCUGUUGGCAUUAGCUCUGGGGGUGAAGGUGCACACCUUCAGAGGGCCGCACUGGUGUGAAUACUGUGCAAACUUCAUGUGGGGUCUUAUCGCCCAGGGCGUCCGUUGCUCAGACUGCGGGCUGAACGUGCACAAACAGUGCUCUAAACUUGUGCCCAGCGACUGUCAGCCUGACCUCCGCAGGAUCAAGAAGGUCUUCAGCUGCGAUCUCACCACGCUGGUCAAAGCCCACAACACGCCACGGCCGAUGGUUCUGGACAUGUGCAUUAAAGAGAUCGAGCACAGAGGUUUGAAAUCAGAGGGUCUGUACAGAGUGUCAGGGUUCACAGAACACAUAGAAGAUGUCCGGCUGUCCUUCGACAGAGAUGGUGAUAAGGCAGACAUCAGUGCCAACAUCUACCCAGACAUCAAUAUAAUUGCUGGAGCUCUGAAGCUUUAUUUGCGAGAUCUGCCCAUUCCAGUUAUCACAUAUGACGUCUACUCCAAAUUCAUACAAGCAGCCAAAAUAACAGACCCUGAUUCUAGACUGGAGGCAGUUCAUGAUGGUCUCCUCCAACUUCCUCCAGCCCACUAUGAGACCCUACGGUACCUGAUGACACACCUGAAAAGGGUCACCAUGUACGAGAAGGACAAUUAUAUGAACUCAGAGAACCUAGGAAUUGUUUUUGGCCCGACGCUCAUGCGGCCCCCGGACCAAAACACACUAACUACUCUCAACGACAUGAGAUACCAGAAACUGAUUGUUCAGCUCCUGAUAGAGCAUGAGGACAUCUUGUUUUAAACAGCUGAAAUGAAGACAUCUUUUAAAGACUUUAAAGAGCGUGUACAUUUUAAAAAGCAGCCUGCCACAUAUUUCAAAGAUAUUGUUUGCAUACAAAAUUUGGACUUAAUUGCACAUUUCAAUCAAUGUGUUUCAACCCCCCAAACAAAUACUGUUAAGCAUAGAAUAAAUUAACAUUCGUGCUGAAUACAGAAUUUAUUAUUAUUGAUGGGCAUUUUGUUUAAAGGAACAGUUCACCCAAAAUUAAAUUUGCUGAAUAUUUAGAUAAACAGUUGAGGUCAAAAGUUUACAUACACCUUGCAGAAUCUGCAAAAUGUUAAUUAUUUUACCAAAAAAUAAAAAGGAUCAUACAAAAUGCAUGUUAUUAUUUUAUUUAGUACUGAUCUAAAUAAGAUAUUUUACAUAAAAGACAUUUACAUGUAGUCAACAAGAGAAAAUAAUAGUUUACAUACACUUGAUUCUUAAUACUGUGAUCCACAGCUGUUUUUUUUUUUGUUUGUUUGUUUGUUUAGUGAUAGUUGUUCAUGAGUCCCUUGUUUGUCCUGAACAGUUAAACUGCCCGCUGUUCUUCAGAAAAAUCCUUCAGGUCCCACAAAUUCUUUGGUUUUUCAGCGUUUUUUUUUUUUGUAUUUGAACCCUUUCCAUUAAUGACUAUGGUUUUGAGAACCAUCUUUUUACACUGAGGACAACUAAGGGACCCAUAUGCAACUAUUACAGAAGGUUCAAACACUCACUGAUGCUCCAGAAGAAAAAAACAUGCAUUAAGAGCAAGGGGUGUAAACUUUUGAACAGAAUGAAGAUAUGUACGUUUUUCUUAUUUUGCCUAAAUAUCAUAUUUUUUUAAUUUAGUACUGCCCUUCAGAAGCAACCGAAGAUACUUGCAUGUUUCCCAGAAGACAAAAUCAGUUAAAUUUACCCUGAUCUUCAAAUUCCAAAAGUUUUCACCCCCGGCUCUUAAUGCAUCAUGUUUCAGUACUAAAUAAAAAAAAUAAUAAUAUGCAUUUUCUAUAAUCUCUCUUAUUUAGGUAAAGUAUUUAACAUUUUUGCAGAUUCUGCAAGGUGUAUGUACAUUUUUGACCUCAACUGUAGUUGAGUUUGUUUCGCCAUCAGAACAGAAUUGCAGAAAUUUAGUAUUACAUCACUUGCUUAUCAAUGGAUCCUCUGCAGUGAAUGGGUGCCAUCAAAAUGAGAGUCCAAAAAGCUGAUUAAAACAUCACAAGUAAUCCACACAACUCUUAAUAAGAUGUUAAUUGAUGUUAAUUGAUUGUUUGGACUCUCAUUCUGACGGCACCCAUUCACUGCAAAGGAUCCAUUGGUGAGCAAGUGAUGCAAUACUAAAUUUCUCCAAAUUUAUUCCGAUGAGGAUACUCAUCUGCAUUUUGGCAUGCGGGUGAUUAAAUGUUAUGCAAAUACAUUUUUUGGGAUGGAUUUCUUUAAAUCAAAUCACAGUAACUUUUUUCUUUAAUGCCAAACAGGUAUGAUGCAUUGACCUUGAUGCUCUACAUGGUAUACUGUAUCAGUUUCUUGCGAAACUGGUAUAAUGUCAAGUAUGGUUUAAAAAAUAUAUAUUUUUGGGUCAUGAGGUUGGUAAAUGUAUGUGUGCUAUAAUUGCAAAACAAUUAAGAUCACGUGUAAAGCACUUUUUAAUUUUACAUGGAGUGUAAAUAAUUAUUCUUUUUGUUCACCCAGUGUUAAUAAUGCUGUGUUUAACCCAUGCCUCCUUCAAAUUAUUUUUGUUCACCCUGACAACAAUGGGUGAUCUACGUCAGCACCCUGUGAAUGGACAAAAUUAUUCUGUGAGCUUUUAUUUAGUGCCUGUUCCUUCCUCCUUGGACUUGCUCCCAUUUCAAGAAUGUCGCUUAACAAAAUUACAUGUAUUGUGCUCAUCUUAGACUCCUGAGGUGAGAUGAGUGAUUCAACUCAAAAAAAAAAAAAAAAACUGUCUGUACGCGGUACCGUCACCUUUGUUUGAGUUCCUUCAAAUUGUUUAUUUGAUAAAAGACCUUUCUACAUUUUAUUUUGAAGAUAUUUCUGUGAAGAAUGAUUGUAAUUAUGAUUGUAAUUUAUCAAAUGCUGAUUUAUUAAAUUAUGUAAA